GGUGAUGGGGAAACGUGAUGGUUCUAAUGCAAAGGCAAAGGAAGGAAUCAUCCAUAGCGGGGCCAACAGAGGCAACAACCUCAGUGGCUCCAACAUCUAACCCCCUUUGUCCGUUGCACGUUUUUUGAAUUUCAAAAUCUAGUAGUAACCUCCCACUCCCACACACCACACCACACCACACCACACCACACCACACUCCACUCCACUCUCCAACAUUAUAGCAUUCCAAAGUGAAGUAACUUACUUGCUGUAACUCAACUGAACCCAAUGGGUGCUUCAGGUAAAUGGGUCAAAGCCUUUAUCGGCCUCAAGAAGCCCUCCGACAAAGACGAACUACUUCCUGGGAAUAAUAAUAAGACCAAGAAGUGGAGAUUAUGGAGGACUUCCUCCGGGGACAUGUCUUCGUGGAAAGCCUUCAAAGCCAGCACCCACAAACCAGCCUCCGAAUGCUCCGAUUCACCACCAGCAUCUUCAAAAGCCUUCACGGCUGCCAUGGCCACCGUGGUUCGUGCUCCUCCCAAGGAUUUCCGACUGGUCAGGGAAGAAUGGGCCGCCAUCAGAAUCCAAACUGCUUUCCGCGGUUUCUUGGCAAGAAGAGCGUUGAGGGCGUUGAAGGGAGUGGUGAGGCUUCAGGCUCUUGUGAGGGGCAGGCAGGUGAGGAAGCAGGCCGCCGUAACACUGAGGUGCAUGCAGGCGUUGGUGCGCGUGCAGGCCAGAGUCCGUGCCCGGCGCGUGAGAAUGUCCGUUGAAGGACAAGCUGUUCAGGAAAUGCUUAACCAGAGACGCACCAAAGCUGAUAUUCUGAAGCAAGCAGAGGAAGGGUGGUGUGAUAGCAGAGGAACAUUGCAAGAUGUUAAAGCCAAAAUUCAAAUGCGCCAACAAGGUGCAUUCAAGAGGGAGAGAGCCAUUGCAUACUCUCUUGCUCAAAAGCAAUGGAGAUCAACACCAAGUUCUAGUUCAAGAACAAACGCUUCCCUUAAGAAUCUAGACAUUGACAAAUCUAACUGGGGUUGGAGUUGGUUGGAACGUUGGAUGGCUGCUAAGCCAUGGGAGAGUAGAUUAAUGGAGGAGUCUCAGGCUGAAAUCUCGGAUAAAACAACACCCCCUGCUAAGAAAUUUGUGGACUCGUUUGGUGCUAAUUCGAAACCAUCAGAACCAAACAUGGUGAAAGUCAAGAAGAACAAUGUCACAACAAGGGUUUCUGCUAGGCCUCCCCAAAUUAUUGGACAAGCCACUCGUUCAUCUUCAAGUCCAAGUUCCGAAUUUCGGUAUGACGAGAGUUCUGCAUCAUCUUCUAUGUGCACAUCCACAACACCAGUAUCUGGUAACACUUGUGAUAGAACAGAAGAUAGCAGCAGCAGCAAUAGGCCAAAUUACAUGAACUUGACAAAGUCAACAAAGGCAAAGCAAAGAAGUAGUAGCAAUCAAGUGUAUAAUAGAGCUCAGAGGCAACAAUCCAUGGAUGAUUUUCAGUUCCUCAAAAGGGUAGGGAUUUUGUCUAAUUUAGAUGCAAAGAGCACUGCUGGUUCUGACCAUUCAAUCAACUUUUCAAGGCCACUUAACUUGGACAAGAGCUCAGUGAAACCACGGUGAGAGGGAACAAUGGAACAUAUAGCUAGCGUCUUUGUUUUGUACUUGAUGGAUGCAAACUCAACAUCUCUCUGUAUUUAUCUUUUUUCAUUUCUUUUCCAAGAAGUUCAACAUCAUGUUGUUCGAUGCACUUUUAAUUGAGUUAGCUAGGGGUAGAACUUGGAAGUAGCUUUUGUGCUUUCGCUACUACAGUUUAUGUUAAUUCAAGAUUCUCUCCAUUUGUCCUUGUAUCAUUGUUUAGUACUUUAGUUGUGUGUGGGU